AUGGGUCUAGGUUUGCUGUUGUUGAUCGGAUUAGGUACGCUUAUCUUCUGGUUAUAUAGACUCAAUAAGGAAUACUAUGUGCUGGCCUUCUUUGCUAAGCGAGUACGCACGAAGGAUGGACGACCCGUAGAGUAUAUAGCUCCGGUAGCUGAAGGACGCACUAUAUUCGGAAACUCUUUCGAUUUGAUUGGCCGAAAUGAGGCUGAGGUGUUUUCUGAUAUGCGCAAUAGAACCAAGAAAAUGUGUCGCAGCUAUAUAGAAUAUGCCAUGGGUACAUCCAUAUUUUGUAUCAUCGAUGCGGACAACUUGGAAGCCGUGUUAAAUGAUCAGAACCUGAUAACCAAGGGUAUGGUGUAUGAAUUCUUGCAACCGGCGCUACACACGGGCUUGUUGACAUCAACAGGUCAGAAAUGGCACUCAAGACGCAAGAUGCUCACGCCCACAUUUCAUUUCAAUAUCUUGGGGCAAUUUGCCGAGAUUUUCAAAGGCGAGAGUUUGAAAUUCGUGCAACAAUUUGAGGGAAAGGACGAGGUCUCUAUCUCCCUAAGUGAGCUCAUACCAAGGUUCACUCUUAACAGUAUUUGUGAGACAGCCAUGGGCAUCAAGCUGGAUGACAUGGCAGCCAAGGGGGAUCGCUAUCGCCACAGCUUCAGCAUGAUUGAAAAGAUAUUUAUAAGGCGAUUCAGCAAUCCAAUUUAUUGGAGCGAUACUUUGUAUGAACUGUUCGGCUCCAAGGAGGACAAACGUUUCUUACAGGAUGUUCAUGAUUUCUCUAGUGAAAUUAUAGCCAAGCGCAGAUUACUUUUGGCACAAGAGGCAAAGGAAAGGGGAAGCAGUCAAGCGGCAGACGAUGAUAUUUAUAUCAACAAGAAACAACGCUUUGCCAUGCUUGAUACUCUGAUCUUUGCUGAAAAGGAUGGCCUAAUCGAUCAUGCGGGAAUUUGCGAGGAGGUGGAUACACUCAUGUUUGAGGGCUUUGAUACCACUUCCAUUGGCUUGAUAUUUGGACUUAUGAACAUGAGCUUAUACCAAGAUAAGCAGGAACUGUGCUAUCAGGAGAUAAGCGAACACAUUGCUGAUGACUUUAGUAACUUGGACCUUAAUCAGGUCUCUAAACUAAAGUAUCUGGAGUGCUUCGUUAAGGAAACGAUGCGACUGUUUCCCUCGGUGCCAAUUAUGAGCCGUAAGACUCUAAAGGAAACUGAACUGGCCAAUGGUCUGAUACUGCCGCCAGGAGCGCAGAUUGUUAUGCAUAUCUUUGAUGUACAUCGCAAUCCAAAGUACUGGAGCUCACCUGAGGAGUUCCAGCCCGAACGCUUUCUGCCCGAGAACAGCAGAGAUCGUCAUACCUAUGCCUAUAUACCUUUCAGUGCGGGUCAACGCAAUUGCAUAGGUCAAAAGUUUGCCCUGCUCGAGAUGAAAACACUGCUCAUCGUAAUACUCAAAAAGUUCAUUGUCUUACCUCUGGUUGAUCCCAAAGAUAUCGUUUUUCACACUGGCAUCACAUUGCGUUGCAAAAAUGAUAUUCGAGUGAAACUAGUGAGACGUAGUUAGCUUUUUUAGCUAUUAAGUAAGUGUAAAUUUGCUUUGUCAAUACGCUGAUAU